UACAAAUGGUCGGCCAUGCCAAACGUCCGUUCGACGAUUGCGUAGUCAUCAGUGAACAAACGGUAAGAAUGUGGCUCGUGUAUUGUUGCCAGAGAAGCGGGGCUGUCGGGGCUGCUAUCAGGUGGUCGAUCAGGUUCCCGCAAUAAUUAUUAUCCCCGUUGAUCUUUGUCCUGGGCAUCAGUAUUGGUCAACACUUUGAGGAGUGAAGUCGACAAGGAAUUGAAUUGGUUAAACUCAGUCAAGUGGUCCCAAAACAUUUCAAACAUCAUGAACAGAUUCGUCGCAACGCUUUCCCUGAUUGUUGCUUUGGCUUCCGGAGCGCCUCAAACCGGGCUUUACAAUGGGGACCCGAGUUUGGCCAAAAUCCUCCAGGAACAACGCUUCAAUGUAGGCAAUGACAAAUUCGGCCAUGCCACUCAACAAGAAGAUGGCGUUGCCAUCCGUGAGGAAUCCACCGGUAACAAUAACCGCAUUGGACAAUACCAAUACAUCGGAGAUGAUGGCAAGACCUACACCGUCAAAUAUGAAGCCGGAGUCAACGGAUUCAGGAUUUUGGAAGGAGACCACAUUCCAUCUGGAGGACAGACCGCGGCUGCUGCCGUUGAGGAUGUCGAAUACGAUUACCAGUACUACGACGAUGCUCUCCCUGAUUCUCCAUUUGUCAACCCUUACGAUCCCACUCAUCAACAGCCCGAAUUAUUGGCUGGCAACCUGGCUGGUCAUUUGGCCGGUUUAUACAAGGAGCCCGUGACCCAGAAACCAAAAGCUUUGAAUCCUUUGAGUCUAGAGGACCCCACUCACCCACAGAGGUUCUUUCCCUCAGGCGAUGUGCAAUUCAAUCGCUUUGAGGAUGGAUUCAAUUACAAUUUCCGAUCGAACAAGAAAUAAACCAUGUUCAUGAUUGUUUUACCAUUUA